AUGGAGAAGCAAUCCAAAACGGAAAGUGGAAACGACAACAAAGAGGACAUCUACAAGAACUACAUGGACGAGAUGAAUGUGCUUCCCUCCAUGUUGCAGAACAAAAAUGUGGAUUCAUUCGCAUCGAAUUCUACGAUAGAUGAAAAUAAAUUAAUGAACGUAAAUGAUCCGUGCAACCUUUACUUGGAUCGAAAUCUCGACAAGGGGAUUACCAAACGGGUGGCGCAUUCACAAAUGGAUAUGCACAUGGAAGACGACGACGAGGAUGAUGGUGGAGGAGAGCCCAAAGACUUAAAUUUCCCGGGCAUGAUACGAAAUAACCCCAUGAUGGAUUUUUUAAAUACACCUAUCAUGAAUGAAAACGGAGAACCAAUUAUCACGAACAAGUGUUUGAACGAAACGAGGAAAGUAGUUCCCCUUCCUAAUGAAUCGUUCUCGAGUCAUCAGGUCGACAUGGGAGAGCACCACUUACUUGUGAAGGACACGAGCAAAACGAACGAGGCAACCUCCACACACACAAACGACUUUCAUCUUCCUCACAUGAACGCAGAAAUAAGUGGGAAAGACGUGAAGGAAGAGCGAUGGAUAAAAUGUAAUUCCUUCAUUUAUGAGCCUAGUGCUAAUUAUGCGCAAAAAAAUAUGAGGGAGGAUCAUCCUUGUGAAGUUCCAAAUGAUCCAUGUAAGAAUGAAGAAAAUUGUCUCCACGGAAAUGGAGUUCUCCACCACUCCAGUGAACAGAACGAUUCGGUUGCCCAUUCACAAGUUCACGACUGUUACAACUAUAGGUUCAUUAAGAAUUACGUAGAUGAAAUGACGAACAAGCCAAGAAGCAAAAAGAACGAGGAGGAACUCACUUUGGGUGAUAAAUCAUUUGAUGUGGAAAGGUAUUUGAAAAAGGGGCCCCUUCCGAAGGAUGAUACACUGCGGGGUGAUUCUUAUGGUAUACCCGUGUUCGCAACUGGGGAAGGAUCAACCGAUCAAACGAAUGUACAGGUGAAUGUGCAGGCGAAUGCGCUUAUGCCUGUGCAGAGUCAUCUACAGGGAGGAGUAGAAAACCCAGAGCCUCUCCCCAAUGGUGACAAUCACAAGAAGAGUUCCACCCUCUGUGGCCAAUUGAAUAAUUACGGCAACGUUAGCAAUGAAGAAUCCGCAAAUGAGGUAUUGAACAAGGGAGUCGAAAGAUGUAUUGAUAACUGUAAAUACGAUUUAGCUAGCCAUUCACAAAGUAUAAAUAUUCUGCGAAAUGAGGAUUCUAACCAAUUGUCUCUACAGACUGAAAAUGAAUCCAAGGGUGAGGAACAGAACGCAGAUCAAGUCUUUAAAAAUAUUGCAAUGAAGAUACAAAACUAUUUAAGAAAUUACAGAAAGAAGAUGAUUAUCGAGGAGGGAAAGCAUCUUAAUGUUGGUCCGAUUCAUGGCGUAGCCCAAGGGAGUGUCCACCAUCCGCACGCUAUGGCUACCACCAGUGCGGGUAAUUACAUGUCAACUUGUCUUGGCUCCCCCCUCAGCAACCAUAUGCACGUGUACCCCGACCAUAUGAACAACUCCUUCGCUACUUGUUCUUUGAAGGAAAACGCAAACCUCAAGGGGAGUAUCAAAAUAACUGUCCCGCUAUUUCUCCUGUACAUAACCAAUGCCUAUGCCACUGUUGAUGUCAGUGGAAGCAACACCAAGAGUGCGCAUGCGAUGCGUUGGAAAAAGCUGAAAAAAAAAAUUAUGAACGAAAUAAUUUUUGGAUUUACCUAUGCAGAUGCGGAUAAAUACGUAGAGCAACUUCUAUGUAAUAUUAAAAAGUGCUUCAUUCAAGUAUUGGAUUACUUGAAGGAAUAUAACCCUCAAUGGGUCUGUAGCAACGGUGGGGAUGCAUACUUUUAUCAUUUUCGGAAAAUUAUGGCAAUCAACAGCUCCUACGUGGAUGUGAAUUCAAUUGUGCAUCAUGUCAGGGUGCUUACAAACAUGAAGAGGAAGAAAUGGACCGAUGGAGCAUUCAGAGGCGCAGUGAUGAGAAACGGUCUGGUGAGUAGCGAUCCAUACCGUAAAGUUGCCACUCCAAGUGGAAAUGCCAAAAGUCUUCCCAUUGCGAAUACACUACUACCUAAUUCGACCAACCCCAUAACAAUGAAUGAUGAAAAUAACCCGUCCAGUGGAUGCAAGUUCUACCAGGGUGUAGACGCUUGUGGGUUCAGUGAACCCAUGAAUCAUCACGUAGAUGGGAACCACUGGGUAGGUAGAUCCUUGAAGAGAAAACACAGUCUCGGCGAGGAAAAAAACAUAGAUGGAUAUACGCAUAAGCAAAUAAAAACUGAAACCAUUUCCACGGAUGGCAAUUGUACGAAUAACGAGAUAAUGAAGAAUGAAAAUUCUUUUAUAGUCGGUACAGGCGGGUCGAACCAAGAAGAUUAUGCAGUUCACCGGAAUCAGUAUGAUAUUAACGAGAUGACUUGCAAGGAGGGGGAUGGGCUUCUCUGCAGAGAAGAUAUAAACGACAUGGAAGACAAGAUUUACUACGCACCCAGUGACAUGCGAACGAGCAUCGAAACUGUCAUUAACGAGAAUGGAAAAUCAGAUACGUACAAGGACAAGUACGACCCUAAGUUUGGAUUGAAGGAUUUCAGCGAAGGGGACGACGAACAGGACGAACAGGACGAACAAGACAAACAAGACAAACAUGGUCAGCAAGACGAAGGGGCACAACUACCAGAAGGAAUCGAAACCUUCGAACAAAAUGACACCUCCACUCUCAAUGGGGAUAUCACUCCUGUGGACGGAGCUCGUGUCAAUGGUACCAAUCCAGAUGAACCAUUAAACAUUAACCAUAGCCACUAUACAGAACAGAGCGAACAGGAUUCAAAGAAAGAAAUGGCACUAUGUCACCAGGAGGAAUCUGGAAAGAAGGAGAAAGUAUCGAUCGGAAAGGAAAUCCCCAAUGUGGAGGAUUAUAAUGGAAAAAACCCGCAGGAGAAGAAUCUCACUAUCCCCAUUGUUAAUAGCGAAGCAGUGGACACCAAUGGGAAGGAGGAGGACACAGGCCAUACGUUCGACGCAGGUAUAUGUACAAAGAACGAACACAAUAAUAUCAUCAGCAGUGGAGAUGGAUUCCAAUUACAGUCGAGUAUAAUUCCCGGAACAGAUGUCUCUCCCAUGGUUGAGACUACCAAAGAUCUGAACGUGCAUCCUACUAUGUAUGAUGAAGGUGCCAUGCUUAAGGAACAAUGUAUCAAUUCAUCUUCCAUGGAAAAAUUAAAAUCAAAUGACAAGAAGACAAGUGCAUCUAACACGUUGAAUAAUGGAGAGCAUGAUUCUCUUUACCAAGCUAGCCAUUUUUCGAACGGUUUGUCUCAGCCUCUAGCAAAGUCAAAUGAUCCCAUAGGGACAAUCCGAGCAGUCGAAUCGGUCGGAACUGGUAUGAUUCACGUGGGUGACCUUGGUGAAAAUCCGCAUGAAAAGAAAUCUCACGUGACAGAGACAACGGACAGUGUAUAUAUGAAUAGGCACAUUGCAAAUGGAGAAGAACAUGAAAAGGAGAAUCAGAAGUUGAAAAACAAACUCCUAUCUCUGAAGAAAUCGAUGAAACACUCCAUAAUGAACCUAAAUAUAAAUAAAAAAAAAAAAAAAAAAAAAAAAAUCUUAACACAUUAUUUGAAUCAAGUAAUGAAUAUAUUAUUUUGCCACGACAUUUUUAAUUAUGCAAUUAUUUUCACUCCCAUUUUGAAGAACCUAGGAGUGCUGUCUUCUUUGAGUGCAUGUACGAUGAACAACAUUAUAUUGAGACUUGAAAAUUUUAAGUUAAUCGAAGUGGAGAACGGCAGGGGUAUGCACAUGAACAAGAAUAUGCUUAUCCGUGGAAAUUUAAUUCAUACGAAUGAAAAGAAUAAUUGCUUCUACUGUUGUUCACCGAGUAGAUGCGUUUUCGAUUCGACAAGGAAUAUGAACGGGAGCAUUGGUAGCAUGUAUGGGGAUGAGGUCGUCCUUGGAGGUAGAGAAGAGAAAUCGUUACCGUAUAUACAGGGAGUGAUGGAGAUGGGCGGUGAGAAAAAAAAAGUGGCCGAAGGAAUUAUGGCGAAAUUAAAUUUGCCUCAUGGGGAAGCUAAGCACAUUGGUGUGAUGCCAUGUUCUGGUGUAGUCUGUGCCAAGGGUCAGUCUACCCCGUUUGGUGUGCAAACUGUUCCUCAGAAUAAUUUGCAUGACUCCAUUGGAGGAUAUCAAAACGAUUCCAACGAACAGUGUGAUCACGGGAAAGGUGAAAUCAUAGAUUCGAGUACCAGUGGGGAUGGUAUAUGCAAAAACCAACUGAUGGAAUUCAUUCGGGAGGUUCUAAUUCAACAUGGUGCAUAUAUUAACGAGAGCGUGGAACUAAAUUCAAAUGACAAUGAUCUUUCAAGGGGGGAUGUACCCAACGAUGACAAUCACCAGGAGAGUAGGAAUGUUGACGAGGAAAGUUGUACUGCUACAGAGAACGACAUCAAUGGGGUAAGUGAAAAAUUGCAAAACAAUGAAUUGGAUAUAGCGAAUGGUGCGAAAGACCAACUGCCUCUCGAUGAUAAUUCUGCCUCACUAAAAACAGAAGCGAAGAAACAGAGGAAGUUCAAUUUUAUCGAAGACAAAUCUCACAAUAGGAUAUACUCACAUGCAAGUGACAUGGGGAGGAACUGUCCUAAUGGAAGCAUUCUGAGCAAGGAGAAUUUUUUAAAUUUGUUAAAAUGGUAUUUGUCGGUUAAGGUCGGUUGCGGGUGUUAUAACUCUUCCGUGUGUAAAUCAAAUUUGAAUGGAGAGUCGCAUUUGUGUGAUAAGGAAGGACUCGGCAGUGGCAUUAUGUUUAGCGGAGGGAAGGCAUACAACAUCGCUGCACUCAACCACAACAGCGAUAAUCACUCUGUCCCGUUUGACGCUCAUGAGAAGGAAUUGCGGAAGAAACUGCACCUCUACAGUGGUGAUAACCAAGAGCAAAUUGACUUAGGUGGUGAAGUUGCCUCCCCUUCUGGAGACAGCUCGAAAGUGGUUGAUAUGGGCAAAUCCGUGGAAGAUAUUAAAGCGCUCUAUUAUGGGGCAUUGCCCUGUGAGUAUCAUCACGAGGGGAAGAAGGCCUGCGGGAACGUUUUCAACAUGUGUACAACCGGAAAUAAUCAUCUCGGGGUAAGUAUUUUCAAAGCACAGUGUGAACCAUAUCCGUGCAGAUCCUUCGAUGGGGAAGCGACAAAGAAUGGCAUUGCUACCAUUGGUAAUAGAACCUGUGAAGUGCACCAAAGCGAAGGAUGGAACGAUGCAAGUCAUUUGAACAAUAGCCAUCACUGUAAGAGAAACGUUUUUAUUCAUGCUAAUAAUCCCAUGUGUAUGGCCACUCAAUAUGCAAACCAUAAUAAUGUUUUGUCGACCUUAGAGAAAACAACCUGCGGACAGGUGGCAACCUGUACUACUCACAAUUGCAACGGCCUUAUCCAGAACAAUCUCUGGGAAGAGAAAAUGAAAAUGUCUGGCAUCUUAAAUGACAAGAGCGUGAAGAUUAGUACAAUCACUGAACACACUGCAGGUGAAAAUAACGACAAUCGAAGUAAUUCAUGUGGAGGAAGAGAAUUGGAAAAAAUACUUUUCGGUUUAUUUAAAUCAGGAGAAUGUAACAUGGAUAGUUUGGCUUAUGAAAAACUUUUAUUUGACUUGAACAUGUUGCAAGAUACAAAUAACUCGAAGACGAUUAGGCAUUCCGUCGGAGAUAACAGUGAGAUGUAUGCAGGUGAGCUUGAUGGAGAUACAACACAUGGUGAGGUAAGUAAUCCUUCUAACGGUUUCUGUUCUAGUGCGAAGAACCCGGUCGGGGGCAAGGGCAACGCUAUCGACCUAUGUAACAAUCUGGCGCAUCAGAGGAUGAAUAAGAAUGACGAACAGAUAGUUAAGGAAGAAGAUAUGAAUGAAGGACCAGUGCAAGGAGGAGAAAAACUACUAAAAAUGAACGAUAAUCAAUUUACCGAUGUGAAGGUUGCAUACGAUAAUUCGCUGGACGCACGAAACACAAACUACCCCCACUGUGGUAUAAGCAAAAGUGGGUUCAUGUCUACCACGGAGAACGCCCUAACAUGCACAGAACAGAUGAAUAAGCGUAAUCAUCUGUUGAAGCUUUACCAUUUGUAUGCAUUAUUGGAAAAGGAGAAGAGCGGCAAUGAUAUGGAUGAUAAAAUAUAUACCGACAUGCAAAACGAAUUGAAAAAAUAUCUUGCGAAACAUGACUACCUCUUUUCCAAAGAGAAAAUUGAUAACUCCUUCUUCUCUUGUGAUAACAUUGCAACUAACAAGGGAUGUGAAGAGGAAGGAUCAAGUGGUAAAAAACUCUUCAACGAUAACUCCAGGUUGUAUAACCAACAGUUGUACUUGUUAAAUAGCCAAAUUUUAAAUUCAAAAUUUGACGAAAUGCAGUUUUUCUCGUCCAUGGAAGGAAACAAUGGAUUGCUUCGCCCACUUGAUAAGGGUGAUGGGAAUGGGGGGUGCACAGGAGAGAGCGCCAUCUCCAACCACAUUGGUAACCCCAUUAGUGGUAACGUACUGGGUGAGACGGAUGGAACUCACUUUAUCGGAGGAACAUUCGAGGAAGGCAUGUACAAGGAUAAUAACAGAACUUACAGAAACCUCUUUUUACAUGAACAAUCAAACCAGAGGAAUGAAGGAACCAGGUUGUUCCACAGUGGUAAUCGUAAAACAAAGAGAACGGAUGAAGACAAAAUGAACAAGUACCUGUCGUCCUUGUGCAAUCCAAUCGUUUACAAAUCUGGGUUCUAUCCCACUGAGGGUUCUAACCAUAAUGGUGCACAGAGUAGUGGAGGAAGUGGCAAUAUCCCUUUCAACAGAAGUAGCCACAUGAACAGAUGUACAGGGUCGAGGAGAAGUAGUAACCUCUGUGACUACAUGAACAACCUUACUUACUCCAAUCCGAACGAGAAUUGCAGUGACAAUGUUAGCCAUGUAGACGAGCUAGGUAAUUUUCUUUUGGUGCAUGGAGAACACAGUAACAGUAGAGAUGUAAGUGGGGGUAGCGGCAGGGGUGGAAGUGCGCAUCUUGGGGGAGUAAAUAUCGGCAAAGGAGGUAGCCACAAUGGUAGUUGUCACAAUGGUAGUUGUCACAGUGGUAGUUGUCACGGUGGAAGUUGUCACAGUAGAAGCUUCGCUCACUUGUACAAUGGCGUAGUGACUUCCCUGGAUCACGGGAAAACCAAACUGUGCAAUAAACACAUGAAUAAUUCUGUGGGCCUCUUUAGCGGAAGGAACAACACAGACGAUAUUAUCUUGCGUGGCUACCUAACCAGAAAAAGGAGAGAAGAAAUAACUGAAAACAUAACGAAGAAAAGAGCACUAAUAAAAAAAAUAAAAAAUGCGGAGAAGAUGACUGAUGAGGAGAUAAAUAAGCGUCUAAUGAAAUUAUCUGGAGAUCCAACAGAAAUAAUGUUUUUAAAAAAAUUCUAUGCUCAUGGUGGUGGAGGACAGGACGACGACGAUGUUGAUGACAACCAUCACCACGAUGAUGAUGGCGACGAUGACAACGCUGAUGGUAGUCGUGGUGGAUUUACCUUAGACGAUGGGGAUGACCAUACCUUUAAUCGGAAGAAAAAGGUACACAUGAAAAAUGCAUACCUCAGUGGAAAUGCGGUAAGGUCAGGAAGGCACAAAGACAUAAAGAGCGGAAGCAACUUUGGAAACCGUGCUGGAUGUAGCGUUGGCAGUGGAGGAAAUCAUGAAGAUGAUGAAAACGUUAGUAGUGUCGAAUCUAGUAAAUUGGGAAUGAAAGGAGAGCGAGGAAAGAAUGUUAAUUUUUUUCUGAACAACUUCACAGUGGAGUAUGGAAGAGGAAGAAGAAACAAAAUUAUUAACCAGAAUUAUAUGAAGAAUUAUGAGAUGGAGACUAGGUAUUAUGGAAGGAGAGAAUCAUCGACAGCUGGUGGUGCAGAAGGAGGGAUAAACGGUAGUGGUAGCAACAACACUGCUGGUGGUGGACAUGGCAACACAAAUGGGAAGGCAUCCCACAUCGAUAGUGAUCAUAGGAAUGGAAAACUCAAUGGUGUAUGCUAUAUUAGUAAUGGAAGGAAUAACAAGGAUAAGACAAAAUUGCACCUAGAGACGACAGCGACAACCCCUGUUGGUAGAGGAAAUAAUACCACUGGAAAAGGAGGUAUGGGAUCCAGGAGAAUGAACAAUAAGGUAAGGAACAACACAACAGUAAAUUCGAAUGAAAAUUACGAAUAUAGAAUGUCAGUCUCGGAAUUGAAACCGCAGAGAGGAGUCUACUUCGACCGAUCACAAAAGGCAUGGAUAGGUAGUUGGUAUGAAGAAGGUAAGCAAAUUAAAAGGAGAUUCAAGAUUAAGUACUACGGAUGGGAUGAAGCUCGUAAUUUAGCUACCAAGGCCAGAUUCGCUUUUGAAAAUAGGACCAAGCAUAUAAAGGGCGCGGGUAAAAAAGGUGCCUCUGCUGCCGCGGGCACGACCACGGGCACUACCAAUACAUUAACAAAUUGUGGUGUGUCCAAUGAUGCUACUUCAAGUGGAGGGAACAAGGAUGGGACCGAGGGAAUGAGUGGUGAUGGAUCCGGAGCGUACACACGCACAGGGCGUAAGGAAGAAGAUGCGGAAAACCACAAUAACAACGGGACGAAUGAAGAGGGUGCAAAACAUUUCGAAUGCGGUAGCUACGUAGAUGGGACGAACAGGCGAAUCAUGUCGAGAAGGGGUGGUGGCACGUAUCUGCGGACAAAUAAUGAAGAACAGGCAGUGGAAUCGAAUAACGCUCCUACUAGCAAACGAGAUGGACGACGAGGAGGUACAACCAUACAUGCGGGGAAUACCAAUCGGGGGAGAACACAUAAAAUGGAAGAGGAGAACGAUCCCUUGAAUGGUAAAGCAAUUGGGGUUGCAGGACACGGAGGAGAAGAAGACGACGAGGAGGAAGAUGAGGAAGACCAUGAGGUUCUUCCAACAGGGAAACGGAAAAAAUUAAGAACGAAUAACAACUCAACAGAGGGGAGAAAGAAUGAUGGGGGUUCUCUCCCUUGCAAAAACAGUACCCUGGUACAACUUGGGGAGGAUAAAGAAAACGAAAAAAGUGGUAGUGGUGUCCCCUACGGAGAUGCUAUAAAGUAUAGCGAUGUAGGAGGAGAAUCUACAAACAAGUACGAAACAGGAGGAAGAGAAAAGUAUGGCCUUGAACAUCAUCAUAUAGAUUAUGAAGAAUACCAUCCCGCUUAUGAUAAGAAGCGAAAUUUAGGGAAUCGCAAAGGUGAGGUCCGGGGUGGUACGUGCAAGAAUGAAGGUACGUACGAUGGUUAUGAGGGGAAAUACGUUAGCGAGUACAAGGAAGGAGAUAUUGGCCUUUUUAGAGAGUGGAAUGAAUUUCACCGGGUGAAUGGUGGUAGGUAUGAAGGUGCAUCACGGGGGGAUUAUCCACUAAGCGGAAUGAGCACCGUUGACGGGAUGAACGAUCUGGAUGAAGGCAGAGGCAAAGCAAGGCACUUGUCUCAAAGAAACCCCCUCCGGAAUUACGAUGAUUAUUACGUGAAGGGUAAUUACCCCGAUGGAAAAUCCAGUGCAGAGCACGCAACGGAAGAUGAACAUGUACCUAAGAGAAAAAGCGGAAAUGAGGAGUACGACAGUUGUAUCAAUGGAGGAAGAAGAAAAAUAAACAACAAUCUGAAUAGCGCGAGAAAUUCUCACCAAGACGAUGGACAGGAUGAAGACGAUGGAGACAUGAACUACGAUUACAAAAAUCAAACCGGUACAAACAAAAAAGAUCGAACAAACAGAGAAAAUCAUCCCAAUGCAACAGAGCAUAAAGGUAAAAAUAGCUGUACAAAAUUAUUAACAGGAAAAACAGGAGAUAAUGUAAUUACGUACGCAAAAUCAAAUAAUAAAAAGUCGAGCGAGGCGAAUCAUAACCAGAUAGACAAUUCAGUUAUUCUCCCUCAGGGUGUCUUUUAUCAAGACUCAAAGAAAGCUUUCUGUGCAAAUUGGUAUUCUAAUGGAAAGCAGGAGAAAAGAUAUUUUUCCAUUAACAAGUUUGGUGAAGAGAGAGCAAGAAAUCUAGCAAUUGCCGCGAGGAAAAAGUUCGAACACGUUUAUAAGAAGAAUAACGGUGUAUGUAAAAAGGAUAUACAUAAUAGUAGUAUGAUGAAGACGGAAGAUGCUAAUGAUAUAAGUGGACUGGAUAACUACGACCUAUUGGAGAAGUUGCACCAGACUAACAAACACAACUAUGGCAACCAUGGGGGGAAAGGGGGCCCUACGCACACGGGGAAGGCCGCCGCGGAUAUCAAUGCAACGAUGAAUGUAGCGUUGAUGACGACAGCUGGGAUGACGACAACCGGCAUGACGACAGCUGGGAUGAAUGGCCUAAACCUAAAUCAGGGGGGGAAAUGUGACGUAGGGCACAGUAGCAUAAGUAACCCCAAUCAUGAGAUUGCCAAUGUUGAUGUGAUGAAUGAACACACGAACAUGGGGGACAACGGAAAAGUUAUCGGAGGCAGCUUACCUCCUAUGACCAACAAUGAAGAUCUGCAGUACAUGCAAAACAGCUAUCUCUACAGGGUUCCUGUCUGCACGGGAGAUUCCAGAAUAGACGAAGUGUAUAAGAAAGUUAUGUCUGUAACACCCUCAAGUGAGAAUAUCCGAAUGAACGUUGCCAACACGAAUGAAGAAAGUAGCAACCCUCCCUACGUAACUAACAGCAACACAACAAAGGAAAACAUCAAACUUGCGAGUAGCCCUGUUGGAAGCAAUAGCACCACCGACAUGGUAAAUAAUAACUCGACCGAUUGUGUGAGCAAUGGCAGAGGGGUAGGAGGGACCAACUUCGAGAGCGAAGCUCUUCAGAACGAUACAAUCAUCAGCAUGGGCGCGCCCUUAAGUAACAUCCCUGUCGGAGAACGAACAGUAAAGAAUCCAAAGGAUAAUGAAGAUGUGGAUUCUAACCCGAAUGGAUUACACAAUGGAAAUGAUAUUGACAAUUCCCUUCUCGGAACGAACAAUGGAAGCAGUGUCAAUGUCGGCGUCAAUCCCCCAUUCAGAAAUAAUAACCUUUUUAUUGGGCCAAAUGACGUGAGCGUUGCAGGCGCAGAGGACCAAAACGGAGGGAACACCUUAUACACAGGGGUAGCGAACAAAACAAAUGAAAUGCACCUCUACGCUGUAGCAAAUGAGAAUCUCAGUAAAGGAUUAUCAAGCGAAGAGGUAAAUCCUAUCGGUGCGCCCUUCGAUCCAAACGCAAAGGAAUUUUCCACUCCAGAUUAUUACAGUGGAAAUAAACAAGGAACAAAAAAUCAGCUCACGAGAAGCAUCAAAAAGGAGAUUGACGAUAUGAACAUGUACAACAAGUUGGAAAAAUUGGACAAGAUAGACAAGUCGAACUCCACCCCUGCGGGGGUUUACAUGAUAAGGAUCAACGGUAUUGUACAGGCGUGGAGGGCAGAAUGGAGAAGCCCCAGUGGGUGUAAGCGCACGAAGAACUUCGGCAUCAAUACUUAUGGUACCACCUUGAGCAAGAAACUAGCCAUCGAAAUGCGGGCCAGGAUGACUGGCGAGUGCCUCGUCUCUGAUGAUGGAACCGUUUUUGACUACACCAAUAAGAAGAUCCCCGAGGACUCCACUCGCGAAUAG